UGCAAACAUGACUGGAGUCUUCCUGCUCCUCUCCGCCUCCAUGCUGGCCUGCGCCGCCGCCUUUGACAUUGGAUUAUCCACUAAGUGCGUCUCCAUUCCAAAAGAGAUGGCCAUGUGCAAUGACAUCGGCUACUCGGAGAUGAGACUGCCGAACCUGAUGGGACACACUAGCAUGGCAGAAGUCGUGCCCAAGUCAGCAGAGUGGCAGAACCUCCUACAGACCGGCUGUCACCCAUAUGCCAGGAUGUUCCUAUGCUCCCUCUUCGCCCCAGUCUGCCUGGAUACGUUCAUCCAGCCCUGCCGCAGCAUGUGUGUUGCUGUAAGAGACAGUUGUGCCCCAGUUCUGGCAUGUCAUGGGCACGCCUGGCCUGAGAGCUUAGACUGUGACAGGUUCCCAGCUGGGGAAGACAUGUGCCUGGACACCCUCAGCAAAGAGUAUCAGUACUCCUAUAAAGAAUUGCCAAAGCCAAGCUGCCAGGGCUGCCCACUAAUUGAGGAUUUUUUUUCACACAAGACAGUUUUGGAAGCUUUCUGUGACAAUAACUUUGCUGUGAAAGUGAAAUUGGCAAAGAAGAAAACAACUUCAGGAAUCUAUGUAUAUGAGACAGAAGGCCCAGUUGAGUUCAUUAAACAAGGUCUGCUCCUUCCAUAUGACACACGUACCAUGAUUGAGCAGUGGCUGCUAAUUAAUGAGAACUGUGCUCAGAGGCUGAUACGGAACAGACCCACAGUGUAUGUUAUUGCUGGUGACAUCCAUCAUGGCAAGGUUUCAGUCAACAGAGUUUUCCACUGGCAGAAAAAGGACUCUCAGCUGACAUUGGCUACAAGGAGGUGGAGACACCAUAAAUGUUGAUACAACUCUUUUACUUUAUUGCAUGUAAAUACUCAAGGCACUCUUUUAAAAAGGACACUAUGUAAAUAUAUAGUUUCUAUUCAUAUAUAUAUAUAUUGUAAAAUAUAAAGCCUUAUUAUAUCAGCUGGAUUGAGUGUAGCAGGUCAGCUAUGUCCAAGCGCAUCCCAUAACCAUGCUGUAUAAGAAGAAUAUAACAUUGCAGCAAUUAUAUGAGCAUUGUAUAAACUGAGCAAAUAUUAUAUGUAUAAAGUGAGAAAAUAUUAAAUAUUUAUGUCAAGACUUUUUUGUUUUCUAUUUAAGCAUUUUGUCAUUAAAAAUAUUCUAGUACAAACA